AUAAAAUCCCCUAUUCCCAUUAGGGUUUCAUUUGCUCUCGUCACACACAAGCACAAAGCGAGCUAACUCAAGUAAAAAUGCCGGCCGGACAUGGUUUGAGAUCACGCACUAGGGAUCUGUUUGCUCGGCCGUUUAGGAAGAAGGGUCCUACCCCUCUCUCGAUCUACCUCCGUACCUACAAGAUCGGAGACUAUGUGGAUGUCAAGGUGAACGGGUCGAUCCACAAAGGCAUGCCGCACAAAUUCUACCAUGGCCGCACCGGCCGCGUCUGGAAUGUGACUAAACGUGCCAUCGGCGUUGAAGUCAACAAGCAGGUAGGCAACAGAAUCAUUAGAAAGAGGAUCCAUGUCCGAGUUGAGCAUGUGCAGCCAUCAAGGUGUCAUGAGGAUUUUCUGCAAAGGAUCAAGACCAACGACAAACUUAAGGGUGAGGCUAAGGCAAGAGGUGAAGUGAUUAGUACCAAGAGGCAGCCAAAGGGACCCAAACCCGGGUUCAUGGUUGAAGGUGCAACUUUGGAGACUGUUACUCCUAUUCCAUAUGAUGUGGUUAAUGAUCUCAAGGGGGGUUAUUAAAUUAGUCUGUUAUUUAUCGCUGUCCUUGUCUGGUUAUUGUGAUCUGAACUGUUGAAGACCUCAAUUAGCUAAUUUUGUUUCCUGGACUUAUAAAUGCACUUCAUUGGGAUUUUGUUCUACAAUGCAAGUAGAGGAUUCUGUUUUGGUGAAAUUUUGCUUGAAUGAAAUUUAAUAGUUCAAUUGAAUAUUGGGAAAUCCUGGUUUGUGACGAUUGUGUUUCAAUAUAAUACAUGUGUUAUAUUUCCUGCC